AUGGCAUCACAAUGUGUUGAUGGCAAUCGCCAACCACUUAAAUAUCUCCGUGAAAGCACAAACAAAACAGCCAAGGUGGGUUUGGGUCGUGGGGUUCCUGCUCUGCACCAAACCCAACAUCAACAAGGAGAUCUUCUGAAUGCUGCAGAUUAUGGAACUGACCCAUUUGAGGAACUAUUUGAUCAGAUGAUUGAUUCGAACUUUUUCCAUACCGAGAGGUUGAGUUUCAAGUGUACAGACCAAGAUCCCGGGGAUCUUAUCGUCGCAGAAAACGAUUCUUGCGUCUCUCCCUUCCCAAACGCUGAACACUCGACGUGGACAGACAUAUCUUCCAGCUCAUCUGGAGAUAGUGAAGUAGGGACCCCAUACCAAGCUCAAGAGAACAGCCUAGAAAACAGCUUGGCACACCUAAAUGAGUAUACAAGGGAUGAACUUUAUUUCGGAUUUUCUAUUAGCAGUGGCUGGUCGAGCACAUUCUUUCCGCAUGGAGACGAGAGAUAA